AUGUCCGCUUAUACACUUCUGCACGAUGCAGAAGCAUCCGCAGACCCGUCAAGCACCCCCGAGCCAUUCAAAAUUCUCACCAAGCACAUUUCCUUCUCCAAUCACGAUGAACACGAAUGGUGGCAUAAGUCCGGCCCGAUGAUGGCCAGAAUGCUCGUUGCUGCCAACUAUGACAUCCAUCAGCAAUACAGAUACCUGUGUCUCUAUGCCCUCCACAUUGUGCCAAUGAUGGGACCAUUCCCAUCCAUCGACCGGCCUCAGCUCUACAAAACGCCGUUCACUAGCCAAGGAACGUUGGAAAUCAGCACCAACUUCAUGCGGUCCCGGGCAACGCUCCGAAUGAGCAUAGAACCCAUUGAUUAUCGACCCAUGGCCGGCCUGGACGCUUUCAACCGAGUGGUACCUGGCCAGAUGUUGAAUCGACUGAAACAGGCGGGUGUGAAAGUUGACAUGUCCUUAUAUCAUCAGCUAAUCCACCGGCUGACCUUGUCUGAUGAAGAAGACGCCGCCCUUCGCGACUGUGACGGUGUGAAAAAUCUGCCCUACCAAUCCCAGUCCAUGGUGGCAUUAGAUUUUGGGAAUGAGGACGCCAUGGUCAAGCUAUAUCUCUUUCCAGGGGCCAAAGCACACGUGACCGGCACCUGCUGCUCGGAUUUGAUAUUCUCAGCCGUCAAGACCAUCAAUGCAGAUGAAUCCUUUAAAGAUGCACUGGCGGCACUCGAGAGCUACUGCCUGGACCUUCCGGCCUCCGCUCAGGUCCAUUGGAUAAGCGUCGACCUUGUCAAGCCCACGGCCUCGCGUUGCAAGAUCUACGUGUUCGAUGGCCAGGUAGACUUCGAACGAGUAUCGGACUUUUGGACCAUGGGUGGCAAACUUGCGAGUCCUGGAAACUCCAGGGGGCUGGGACUGCUGCGUGAACUGUGGGACGCUCUCGAUAUGUCAGGUGACCUGCAUAACCAAAACGAUACCGCACGCGAGUUCGUAUGCCUUUUAGCCAACUACGAGCUUCAACCGGGCCGAUCACUCCCAGAGCCCAAGAUCUAUAUCAAUUUGUCCGGAAUCAGCGAUCUGGGCGUUGCAAAGACAGUGUCGAGCUUUAUCGAGAGGCACGUCAAUACCGAGCAAGGGAGAGCAUACAUCGACAAUGUUGCUUCGUUCGUGUGA